GCAAAAAGUGAAGAUUUGAAGAAGGGAAAGAGAAGAGGAAAAAGAAAUCUGAGAUUCAAAAUCCUGAAAAGAUGGAACUUGAAAGACUUGGAUCGGCUGAUGAUGAAUGACUCUUAUGCUUUAGUGGAGUUUUGAGUGUUUCUGGGGUUUUUCACUGAAGUCAAGGGGAAGGAAAGAUCUUUGGAUGGUGAGAUUUGGUGAACGGUUAUUUGGGGCUUCGGUCAUCUAUCCUAUCUGCAAGUUCAUUGAUGGGGGAAAAGAGAGUAGAGGUGAUGAGGAUGGAGGAGAAUGCAGCGGCCUUCCACACUUUUUUGAAUUCCAUACAGGCUUUAGGUAGGGGUUUUGAUGUGAACUUCGACAACAGAUUGCUUUACUGCAAAGGGGUUGCAGGUUCUACUGUAGUUGAGGUGGAUGAAGAACAACCAAGGGAUCUGUUACUGUAUGAUGGUCUGGUUGUGCCCAAUGUUUCUAGAGACAUCAGGUGCUCUCCGGAACCUAUUGACCGUCGGAGUUCGGGAGUUUGCAGCUUCGCUGAGAUGGUGGAAUAUUUUAAUAAAAGGUCUCUUCUUUCUGGAAAUAUACCUCUUGGGAUCUUUAAUUCUGUAUUCAGCUUUACUGGUUCGAAGCAGAUGGAUGCUGCUUCUACGAAAAGCCUCGCUAUGGAUGGAUUCUUCAUCCCUAUUUGCAAGGUCCAGCUCAUAAAGUCCCCAUUAGUAUUGCAGGGAAACGUCAAGCAGGCAAUCCCAUCUUCAUGGGACCCACCAGCCUUGGCAAGAUUCAUCGAAAACUUUGGGACACAUGUUAUUACAUCUGUAACUAUUGGUGGCAAGGAUGUAAUUUACGUCAAGCAGCAUCAGUCCUCACCUUUGUCAACCAUGGAGAUAAAAAAAUAUGUUAAGGAUAUUGGAGAUCAAAGGUUCUCUGAUUCUGAAAGCCAUACGAGUUCAGGUCCAAUGAAAUUGAAUGAUAAGGGUGUGGACCCAGGUUUAUUUAAUGGCCAAGGGAUAUACCCUCAACCCCCUAGUGCUCCUUACCUUGCUGGAAAAGAAGAUGUUACUGUCAUUUCUAGGCGGAGGGGAGGAGAUGAUUUAGUCCAAAACCACACCCAGUGGGCAAGAACUGUCCAUUCUUCUCCUGAUGUAAUUGAGAUGACCUUCCUUCCGAUCACAGCUCCCCUUGAAGGGUUACCUGGAAAAGACCAUCUAGCUCGUGCUAUUGGCCUCUAUCUUGAAUACAAGCCUCCAAUUGAAGAGCUGCGAUAUUUCCUCGAGUUUCAGAUCCCUCGGAUAUGGGCCCCAGUGCGGGACAAGCUUCCUGGUCACCAAAGAAAGGAACCUGUUUGUCCUACUAUGCAGUUCAGUCUUAUGGGGCAAAAGCUUUAUGUUAGCCAAGAACAGGUAUCUGUAGGCCGUAAGCCUGUAACAGGGUUGAGAUUGUGCUUAGAAGGAGCCAAGCAGAACCGCCUAAGUAUUCAGCUUCAGCACUUUGCAUCUCUUCCGAAGAUCCUUCAACCAUACUGGGACACUCAUGUGGCAAUUGGUGCACCCAAGUGGCUGGGACCUGAGGAACAAGAUAGCCGAUGGUUUGAGCCGGUGAAGUGGAAGAACUUUUCACAUGUUAGCACUGCCCCCAUAGAGAGUAAUGAGAACUUUACUGGUGAUGUCUCUGGUGUGUACAUAGUCACCGGUGCUCAGCUUGGAGUGUGGGAUUUUGGGACAAGGAAUGUCUUGCACAUGAAGCUUUUAUAUUCUAGAAUACCUGCUUGCACCAUAAGGAGAUCGUUCUGGGACCAUUCCCCAACUAUUCUAAAUGACAAGUCAAAUAAGCCAGUUGUCGGGAAUACAACCAACUCUGUUGACUUGAGCUCCAGUUCUAGUCUAGCAGGUAACAAGAAGUUGGCAAAAUAUGUUGAUAUAUCUGAGAUUAGCAAGGGACCACAGGAUUCCCCAGGUCAUUGGUUGGUUACUGGUGGAAAGCUUGGAGUUGAAAAGGGGAAGAUUGUUUUGAGGCUGAAAUACUCAUUGCUGAAUUACUGAGUUAUCUGAGAAUGAGAUCAUAUGUAGUAUGCUUGGCCUAGAUGGGAGGUUGUGUUCCAUGGAUGUGGUUUAUGUUCAUCAUGCUUGUAUAUUGUCGCAGCUUCAUGGACUGAAUUGAGUGAAUGAUCUUUGGUCAGUGUACUUAGUCUCUUUCAUCUGAUGAACCAUUAAUAUCUGGUGAGUCAGAAAUGGUGAGCUUCAUGCUGAAAUUGUAAAGUUCUUCUCAAGUUUGCCACUUGCCCAAGGAUGGAAGUAGCCCUCAGUGAAAUGAAAUAUGUAUAUAUUGUGGCA